AUGAAUCUUUUUAUUUAUGUCCUACUUUUGUCCAUUUGGACAAACAGUUGUUUAAAUACAAACCAAACUAAUGGAUCUUCUACUACAGGAGCUAAGCACGUUGAAUCAAUGGAGACUAAAAUGGACAACUUUAGGAGACGUCUACUCAUUAUCAUAAUUGGUAUUAUGAUCAUAGCUUUUGUCUUUACCUGUUUUUGUUUUCUCUAUUACAAUUAUAUGAGCGACGAGGCACCCAAAGCAGGAACGCUCAAGAAAGAAGAUGUGACAGCCAAGUCAUCCAGAUCAUCCAAAAUAUCAUUCAGUGAAUACAGGAUAGCCAGUCCAUGCAGUCUAGAAAAACAAUCCAUGCUAUCUAGUAUAGACACGUUUUCUGGGCCCUCAAGUGCAGAAAAGUCAUCCAUACCAUCCAGUGCCGAAAAGUUAAUCAAGCCCUCGAGUCCAGGAAAGCAAUGUAUAUCAUCUAGUACAGAAAAGUUAAACAGGCUAUCAAGUCGAGAAAAGUUACAUAAGCCAUCAAGCCCACAAAAAACAUUCAGGUCAACCCACCCAAGGAAGUCAUAUAGAACACGUAAUCUAGAAAAGCCACAUAAGCUAGCUCAUGCCCAUAAGCUAGGUGGCCAGGCCUGUUCAUCCUAUCCAAAUAAGGCAGUGAGGCCACCUUACAGUCUACAAUAUCCAGUCAGGCCAACCAAGCCAUCCCAUUCACAAAAGCAAACCUUGCCACCCAGGCGAUCCAGUUUACAGAAACUAACCAAAUCCCCUAGACAUCAUAAUCUAAAAAGGUCAGUUAGUACAGGUAAGGCAGGCAUGUUAUCUAGGCCUCGGUUAAUCAAGAUUUGUCGAUGCUAUAAGGAAAAAUGCCUAGUUUGCCGAAAUUCUUCUGAGCCUUUGGUCAAUAUUUCUGAGACAAAGGACAGAAAUGCUCAAAACUCACCUUUUCCAAGUGAAGCGAAGUCUUUUUCCAAGUCCUUUCAUAAGGGAGAUUACAGAGACAAUGUAUCCUGUGACAAUGUGAGCAGCAGUGAUACCCCGACAUAUGACAGUGAUGACAGUGAUAGGGAGAUAACCAUUAUUUGCAACAUAAAAUGCAACAAAGUUAUCCUUAAAGGCAUCCAAGAUAAUUAA